AUGCGGCUGCCUAAUUUUUUCGUGUUUCUCAUUUGCUUGAAUUCACUAUGGAAAUCGACGAAUCCGGCAACUCUACGCCUCCUCAAAGCCGCUUAUGGAAAAGAAACCGUACACGACAGCAUAAUCGACCCGAGACGGUACGCGGCGAUGAACGACGAGCUGGCGCCUGAUGAACAAGAAUGGGCGGAACUGUGCGGUGAUGCUGACAAAAUGACGCCUAUUUUCUCAUCUCUCCUCUGCCCACUUCAAUACAUCCUGAUAGCCGAAUAUCGAAACAAGAAUGCAAAGUUUUAUCCCAGUGUUGAUGCAGCUCUUGAAAGUAUCACAAGUGCAAAGGUUCAUUUGUGCUCACAUUUGCCUGUGCACUCGCCUCUCGGAAUCGCUGAUCAAGAAGGUCGAAUAAUUAAGACUCAAUCCGACGUCGAUACCGCUUCUUGUAUCGCGAUGCAAACGCACGAGAAGAAAUUGGUGUAUGGAUGCGCUUUAGGAGUAACUGAUGAGCGCUCGCACUUUCACGUCCUUCCAGCCACGGAUGAAAAGACGAUAAAAGAGAUGGAUUUGUCCGAUAUCUCCACGAAAUCCAUUGCCCCACUUAGAAAGGAGACAAAAGGAUGCAUCUUGUACACUUUCACCUAUGGAAAUCAACCUGUUAUUCAGGAUCGUGUUUGUUGUUGGACGGAACGAUGUGUGACGAUUUAUUACGACCAGCCUGGCUCCGAUCCGUGGCCACUCAUUCGUCACGUCGUGGCCCCGGAAUGGGUCGGAUUUAAAUGUGAACCCGAAGAGACGAGCCAACGCCCAUCGCUGCCACCUCCAUCUCCACCAGAGCCAGGACCAAGAUCAAGACCAGAAGCGCUCGGCUACAAAAUUGUCGAGAAUAGAGUCUUCGAUGUAAAAGCAGAACCGUUUGACGAAGAUCCAUGGUUUCCGGUGACGCUUGGCCUGAUUGGGUUCGGCUUUGUUUUGGUGAUUUUGGUGAUGUUCGCCGGUUUCUUUGUGUAUUUAAGGCUAUCGAGCGAAGGA